GCGGGUCACACGCAUCCGAUCCUGUUUGUCAUUCCUCCGCGAGGACCGAAGCACGGCGGACGUUACUCACCUGGGCAUCGGCUCUUCGCUUCAGACGGACCGCUCUCCUCCCGUACAUGUUUGCUCCGCUCUGUGGUAAAGCAAACAGACGUUAAACCAAGAUGAUGAUCUCACCGUGGGACCGCUGGUACUCCACAAGCUGCUGUCUGUGCUGCCAUGUCCGCACAGGAACCAUCAUACUGGGGGUCUGGUACAUGCUCAUCAAUGCCGUGGUGUUACUCAUCCUGCUCACAGCGCUCAGCGAUCCAGAGCAGUACCACCUGACCAGUGCUGAGCUGGCUAAUGACCUGGAUGUCAUGGAUGAUGCCAACAUGUGCAUCGCCUCGGCCAUCUCUCUGCUGAUGAUACUCAUAUGUGGGAUGGCAACAUAUGGUGCAUACAAGCUGCGUGCCGCCUGGAUCAUCCCAUUUUUCUGCUACCAGUUAUUUGACUUUGCCCUGAACACUUUGGUGGCUGUCAGCAUCGUGGUUUACCCCAACACGAUACAGGAUUACCUCCAGCAGCUGCCUGAAAAUUUCCCCUACAAAGAGGAGAUCGGUGCCCUCAGUAACAUCUGCCUCGUCCUCAUCGUACUGCUCUUCAUCGGCUGCAUUCUCGGCUUCAAGGCCUACCUGAUUGCAUGUGUAUGGAACUGCUACAGAUACGUAACCGGACGAGGUUCCUCUGAAAUCCUGCUCUAUGUUACAACCAACGACACCACAGUGCUUCUGCCACCAUAUGACGACAGUGUCAGCGUCCCUCCCAAACAGGCUCCACCUCCAUACUCCACUGCGACAGCAUGAAGACACUCCUGAGAUCCUGCUGACUGGCCCCUGCUGUUAAUAAAACCCCAGCAAAAUAUAUGCACCACACUGCCUCUCCAGUCUACAGGAUAUUCAUGAUAUAUUGUAGCUACGCACAUACAGUACAGAACAGCCAUGCAUGCACUGACACGUACAAAAGCAUGUGUUUACACACAUCUCACACACGUCAGCUCCCAUAAAGACCACCACCACCACCACGGUGACCUUUCACCCCUUCCUGUUAUAUAUAUUAAUGAAGUCAUAAACUUCCUGUAACUGGUCCAUUUAUCCCGUCUGUUUCCAGUAAAAAACCAGAAACGAUGCACAUUUUCUGUGCAUUUGAAGCUAGUUGAAUUUGAAAGAACUACAAAGUUUGAUAGAUGAAAAAGUAUCUCUAUUUUUAAUAAUUCUAUUUAUGCUCUGUGUGUAGCUGUUUUAGUAUUGUGUAAGUCUUACCUUUGAUAGACAUCCUCCAACAAAUGCAAAGACGACCACCCUGUUUCUCACAGCAGUGAGAGGAGAGUCGUCCUGUUUCCUGUUUGUCUCGUCUCUGCUCAUGAUCACGGUUAGAUUGCCUUUAUUUCUAACUUUCUCUCUGAUGGGGUGCACUUUCCAAACCUGUGUGUGAAGUGUCACCUUGACUGGAAGUUUCCCAAAGAAAUGCAUCUGCCUGAAUUCUGACAUGAUCAAAGAGCAACCUAGUGUAUAUCAAACAUAUCACCGUUUAUUGUAUGUGUUUAAAAAUCCGAGUGUUGAGUUGAACUCCAUAACGUCUAAAUGUGUGUUUCUACUGAUUGAUGACAAACGUCACGGGCUGCUAUUUAUCUGCUCAGACAGCACAGAAGUAACACUGAUCUGGAAUCAGUUGCUCUUUGAGGUCACUUUGAGUGAGUUGCUUACGGAAGCUACUGUAAUGACUCUGUAUGUUCAGACAUCCAAUAAAUAUGGACUGUGUUGUGUUUUUUCAAUUAAGUCAAUGGGAAGUAGUCUGUGUAAACAUGAGUCUGUUCCUCCAGAUGGAGAUAUUGGCAAAAGCCUGGACACGAAAUGUCUGGCAAGGACAUGACAUCAAACCUGAAUACUCCUGGAUGGAAAUGUAAAGAUUUGUCUAUUAAAAUCUAAUUUCACUG